AUGGCUGCCCCAUCUCUAUUUUCCUCUUCUCGCGCUGCUGCCAAUCUCGCGUGGCUUGCCCCAGAGAUUCAGCCCAUGCCCAUGCCUCUGGACACUUCCAGGCCCAUCGACAACAUGGUGACUACCAACUCCACGACUCACAACUCUCACCGCCCUGCCACUCCGGCAGACAAGCGCCCCGUCCACCCUGCUUCGGUCAUCACCCCUCCUUGCUCUCCGCCCACCCCGACCCACCAGCGGAAGCUGGUGACCGUCCGGCGGGUGCAGAAGGUCGACAUGGAAAGCCACAAAAUUCACGACAAAGUGGUUAUCGACGGCUGGACCGUUGCCGCCGCACGCCACUCCGUCCGCCAGGGUCAGCUUGCCAUUUUCAUCGAGCCCGAUGCUCUCCUGCCUGCCGUGGAUGAGCACUACUGGCAGUUCUCGCAGGCCGGGAACCGCACUUGGAUCAAAGGCAAGGAGUAUUUCCGCGUUGCCACAAAGUGUCUUGGUUCACCGAAGGAUCCGAGGUCGCAGUGGGUUUCGCAGGGACUUGUCCUCAAGCUGGAGGACUUCCCGGAGAUCAACGCUGAUGUGAUCCGGAAGGGUAGGCUGGCGAUGUUUGAGAGAGAGCAGACUUCUCAACAAUUAGUCGACUACUCGGACAUGCUGGGCGUCACGAAGUGGGAGCCUCAUGGCACCGCCGGUCCCAACGGAAAUGGGACUGUUCUCGUCAAGAUUCCGUCUUUCAUCCAAAGAACCGACACUGAACGUGUCCAAAACUGCCUCAACCUUUUCACCAAGGAAAAGUACAAGCAUAUCAUCUACCAGGAAACCAUCAAGCUCGACGGCAGCAGCAUGAGCGUCUACUUCAUUCCCAAGACGUCCAAGUACUUUGGCAGCCUUCAUCGACCUCAUCCUGGAUCAGAGGCCCAGACUGUUCUCAGCUCGGGUCGCUUUGGUGUCUGCAGCAAGACCAUCGACUUGCCCUACUCCAAGGACUGCCCGUACUGGAAGGCAGCACUGGCAAACAACUUGCCAGCCAUUCUCGAGGGCCUACACCAGAAGAAGAAAAAUGGCACCAUCGCCAUCCAGGGCGAACUCGUUGGCCCUAGAAUCAAUGGCAACCAUCACAACCUGCCGGAGAACUCCGAUCCGGAGUUUCACGUCUUUUCGAUCUGGGACAUCCAGAACCUGAAACGCUGGGACCCCCGCGUUGUCAAGAAUUUCUCCGAUGCUCACAACCUCAAGCACGUCAAGGUGAUGGGAUACCACAAACUCCAUGACAUUGCCGAGAGUCACGAGGACCUGAUCUCCUUGGCGGAGGUGAGGGGGGGUGAGGGCCUCGUGUUCAAGAGCUGCGUUGAUGGUCGCUGGUUCAAGGUCUUGUCACCGCAGUGGAUCGUUGAACAGGGUGAUGAGAAGGAUGCUCUGAAGGCGAACAAGUCGAAGACUGGAGGAGAGAAGAAUAACAUUUCGACCGGCAAGAAGAAUGAUGCCUCGAGCGGAAACAACGUCAAGACAACUGAUAUCCACGCUACCAGCUCGGGUCAAGUCAGGGAAGUGAAGGCCGAGACAAAGGGUUUUGGGCAGCAGCAAGCCAACGAUUAUGACAGCCGCGGCAAGGACAGACCCAACCAUACAGAGGUUGAGUUGCGCGAAGCCGAGAUUCAGGAGGAAAAGAUGAUGAUGAUCGAGAAUUGGUUGGACAAUGCUGCGCCUGACGAUGCGAAGAUGAAGGCCGAGGAGGCUUUGGUUACCGAUCACAUGAAACCCGAGGACACUGGCGAAGGAAUGGCAGAGAAAGCUUUGAUUACCAAUGAACCCGAGAACACGAGUGAAGGAAUGGCGGAGGAAGCUCUGGUUACCAAUGAACCCGAGGACGUUGGCGAAGGAACAGGGGAGGAAGCUCUGGUUGCCGACAAAGCCGAGGACACUGGCAAAGAAACUUCCGAGUGCGUAUCUAUCCAAGACGUUGGAGAGAAGUCUGCCGAGAAGAAAGCUGGUAAUCUCUCAGACACCCUUCCUCCAAAGGAGUUCGACAACGUGCAAGAUUUUUUGGAUGCCGCUGUUACUUGGCUCGGGCAACCGAUGAGCCACAGAGAAGCUAUCGAAGAGAUCGGUCGCAUCAUCUUGACCGAAAUGGCGAUCAACAAAGAGAACAUCCAAGCGUCCAUGAAAGACUUGGCCGAGGUUGUACGGGAUGAGCUGAAGUUUGUCACACCCGACGAGAGUGUCGCUCCAACCGUUCCCGACACUCCCAAGAGUCCUACCAGCCCGGACACUCCCACUACUCUCGAUGCUCCGACUACUCCCCACGAAACCAACCCGGCAAUGGAGCCGGUGAUCGUUCCGGAGCUCGUGACAGGACCGGUGCAGCAAGAUCUUAUGGGCAACCCUACUCCCCCCGCCUCCGAACAUACCGACGAGCAGAACGUGUUGGCCGGCGUCAACUGGGAUGAUUACAAGGUCAUCAAGCGGGGAGGCCAGCUGGUGUGCAUCAGACGGGAGGACUAUGUGCCCAGAAGCCCGCCCUCGUUGUAUCCGUCGGCUGAGGAGAUGGCACGUCGCAGAGAAAAACGUCGCCGUUCUCGUCGUUAG